AGCCCCGCGGAGCCCUCGCUCCCGGCUCCGCUCCCCGCUGCGGCACCCACGGUGUGGGGGGUUCAGCGCCCGCCCUGACUGCACCGCGGGGCUGCGAGCGGGGCCCCCCCGGCCGUGUCCGUGACCCUGAGCCCCCCUGAGGAACGCGGGCACCCGCGGGUGUGAUGUGGGCAUGGGGCCGGUGCCCGCCCCCCUGCGGCAGUGACCGGCGUGAGCCUGCAGCGCCCCCGGCUCUGCCCUCCCUUGUCCCGGGUCUGCCGCGGUGCCGAGCUCCGCUGAGGCCAUGCUGCGGCUCCGCUUGCUGACGUGGGACGUGAAGGACACUCUGCUGCGGCUGCGGCAGCCCCCGGGGCACAGCUACGCGGCCGAGGCCCGGGCUCACGGCCUCCGGGUGCAGCCGGAGGUGCUCGGCCGCUCCUUCCAGGAGGCGUACGGGGCCCAGCGGCGGCGCUUCCCCAACUACGGGCAGGGCCGGGGGCUGAGCUCCCGGCAGUGGUGGGUCGAUGUUGUCAAGCAGACCUUCAGGCUCUCGGGCGUGCAGGACGAGAGCGUCCUCACGGCCAUGGCAGAGAAGCUCUACCACGACUACUGCAGCGCCAACAACUGGGAGCCGCUGCCGGGCGCCAGCGAGACCCUGAGCCAGUGCCGCCGGCGCGGCUUCCGCAUGGGGGUCGUGUCCAACUUCGACAACCGGCUGGAAAGCAUCCUGUGCCAGUGCGAGCUGCGGCAGCACUUCGACUUCGUGCUCACCUCCGAGGCCGCGGGCUGCGCCAAGCCCGACGCGAGGAUCUUCGAGCAGGCGCUGCGGCUCGGUGGGGCCCUGCCCCGGCAGGCGGCUCACGUCGGGGAUGACUACAGCCGGGACUACCGAGCAGCGCGGGCCGUGGGCAUGCACAGCUUCCUGCUGCGGGCUGCGGGGCAGGGCGAGGAGCCGGACGUGCCGCCCGAGCACGUCCUGUCCUCGCUGAGCCAGCUCCUGGCUCGUAUUGAGAAGGAGUAGCUGUGUGCGGGGUAGAACCGCUGCUACUGAGCCAUGAACUGGUCCCAGCGUGGGGCUUCUUGCUGCUGGUUGGGCAGGGAAAAGAAACAAGUGUUCGCAGGGGCAGGGAGCAGUGCUGCCUGUGGAGCACGAAGGGGUCCUGCAAAUAAAGUGUACCUGAUAUUAAGCAUUGCUGCUGCUUUCACAGCUCUCAAACACUGGGCAAGGUGGUGUCCCGAACAGCUGGGGCCUGGGUCAAGCUGUGUUCCACAGGCUCCUUCUGGCAGGAGGGAUGGAGGCAGCCCUUGAGGUUUAUGCCUUCACAGUCACGCUGGGGAGAGGCUCCAGCAGCCGCAGGCUGAUCUGUCUCAGAUUGGUCUGGUCCAUGCAGGGCACCCACACGCAGUCCUCAUCACCUCAGUGUACCCCAGACUGACCACCUCACCACCCCCACCACCCCCUUCCCAGCAGUGGCUGUUGGCCUCCUGCUGCCAACAAAACAGAAGUUGGGCAAUUUCACUUCAUUUAAUGUAUUGACAAUUAAACUGUACCAGUUUGGGCAUUGAGUAAUAAAGAUGACAAAUUUCAAA